ACGACACCCAGUGGCCGCUAGCUCUGCGCAGGUCCCAACAAGACUUGCACCCAGCGGCCGGCAGCAGUCCGUGCUCCGCGGAAUCUCCUGCGCUCCUCCCUGCCUGUUUCCCGUGCCAGCGCCCGGUGGCCGCCGCCUCCAAAGUGAUUGCUGCCUCGCCGCCUUCGCCGGGUUCGGGACCAUGAAGCUGCUGCCGUCGGUGGUGCUGAAGCUCUUUCUGGCUGCAGUGCUCUCGGCGUUGGUGACCGGAGAGAGCCUGGAGAGGCUUCGUAGAGGGCUGGAGGGUGGAACGAGCAACCUGGGAUCUCCCACUGAAUCUACGAACCAGCUGCUGACCCCAGGAGGCGGACGGGGCCGGGAAGCCCUGGACUUGAAAGAGGCCGACGUGGACCUUUUCAGAGUAGCUUUCUCCGCCAAGCCACAAGCUCUGGCCACACCCAGCAAGGAGGAGCGUGGGAAAAGAAAGAAGAAAGGCAAGGGCUUGGGGAAGAAGAGAGACCCGUGUCUUCGCAGAUACAAGGACUACUGCAUUCAUGGAGACUGCAGAUAUGUGAAGGCGAUCCGGUCCCCAUCCUGUGUCUGCCACGCCGGUUACCACGGAGAGAGGUGCCAUGGGCUGAGCCUUCCAGUAGAAAAUCGCUUAUCUACUUAUGACCACACAACCAUCCUGGCUGUGGUGGCUGUGGUGCUGUCAUCUGUCUGUCUGCUCGUCAUCGUGGGGCUUCUCAUGUUUAGGAAUCAGCUGAGGACUGCUACCUCUGAGAAGACACAAGCUGAUCACAGACUCCGCAGAGGGGAAGGACUUCACAACAAGCCAUGAAGACUCCUUUGUCCCCAGUUGCCAUCUAGAUCAGGCCACCCUUAAUUGCUUUACCAGAGCCUUCAAGUGCCAAACAGAAUAUGUCCAACGGGAUCUGGGUCAGAAGGAAGCAAAAUGAGGGACCUUCAUGCCCUUCUGAUUCCCCUCCACCAAACCCCACUUAACCCCUUAAAGUUUGUUUAAACACUUGUCUUCUGGAUUAAGAUGCCAGUUAAAUUCCAUAUGCUCCAGGAUCUUUGACUGAAAGAAAAAAAAAAAAGAAAGGAGAAGAAGAAAGAAAGAUUUGUGGACUCGAAGAAAGUAACAAAGAUUGAAAAGCGACAGACUCGAGUAGUCACCAAGGGAUCUGCCAUUUGGACCCUCCAGCGCUGGAUUUG